CACACCACACACAGCCGGUCAACCAGAAGUGAGAAAGGCACUGAGAGAGAGUGAGUGAGAGAGAACAGGGGAGGAAGAGGAGAAUAUUAGCAGCUGCUGGAGAGCAAAAGGGAGAAGAGGAGCAAAAGAAGUGAAGAAGGGAGAGAACUGUUUGUUUUGUUUUGACGGGAAGAAGAGGGGUGAGGGAAAGAGAGAAAGAGAGAGAGAGAGAGUGAGAGAGAGAGAGAAAGAGGGAGAAGAGAGAAGAAGAAGAGAGCCUUCAGGAGUUGGGACUCCCAACAGGGAGGUAGUGACCAUCGGAAAGCGACCCCCCGCCCCCCUCCUCCCUCCCCCCCACCUCUCCGCUGGGAGCGAGACCCCCGGCAUCAUUCCAGAGCCAUGGAGCCCUCUGUGUCGCCCGAGGUCCAGGAGGAGGCCAAGGAGAGGAAGAAGAUCCACUUUGCUGUCCCGGCCUCUGCGCCCACCAACCUGGACCCUCGGCAAGUGGAGAUGAUCCGGCGUCGAAGGCCUACACCUGCAACGCUGUUCAGAGUAGCUGACCAGUCGUCUCCAGAGGAUGAUCAGUCCACCCAUCAGGUAAAGUGGGUAGUAGGAGAGAACGGAGUGCUCAAACCAAAACGCGUCAAUCCAAAUGUGUACCAGCCGCCAUCACUCAAAGCUGUGCAGAAGAUGGCUGAAGCACAUAUGCAGAACCUAGGUGUCUACCCUCCUUUGGAAGACCCUUAUGAAGGGGAGGAGUAUGAGGACCACUGGCAGAGAGAGGAGGGGGAGGACACAUCUCCCACCAAAGCUGCUGAUCAUCACGAGACAGCUACCACUGGGCAGUCCGAGAAGGUUUCCAGCGUGACAGAGACCACCAAGCAGAUCCAGACAAAGGAGGAGGAGGAAGAGGGUGAAGAAGAGGAAGAUAAAACCGGGGAAACGACAGAGGAGGAGAACAGCCGGGGGAGUAAUUGAAAGAGAAAGCCGGCAAACAAUUAGAGGGAAGACUGGAGAGAGACAGGAGGUGUUUUUGUAAAAAGGGGUAAAAUCUAAAGAGUACUCUGAACUCAUACAUUAAGAGAACGUCGGUGUGCUGUUUGUGCGGAUGUCUGAAUGCCUGGAGUCUGAAUGCAUGAGUGCGGAUGAGAGCGGCAGUACAGAUACAAAAGUGAGCGACUGAAUUAUACGGAUGCCACACUUUGCUACACUGAAAUUAAACGUGCGGCUGAGCAAGGGAGCUGUGAUUUUUCACCUCAGAAAGGGCAGAAAGGGAUAGAGAGGGGAAGGAGCGUGAGAUCUUGGGGCAGACAGGUUGUGUAUUUCGAAAGGGUCCCUAAUGAGGAGGUGAGGAAUGAUCUACUGACACACCACUUCAUGCAGAGCAGACUACAGACGGCAUUUUGGCCCCAUAAUGACCGUGGAAGGGCCAAGGUCAACAUGACCAAAUACCCCGUGCUGUAACACUAGUCCUCCCACGUCCUUACUGCUUCUGCACAGAGCUCAGUGUUCCUUUAGAGGAGGUUAUUAUGGUUAUCAUCAUACAAUCAAAAGAACAGGAAA